AACGUAAAUCUUUUCCGAACUCUCAUCUGCCGGCCGGCAAAGUUCAAAUCUCUUCGUUUCAUUUCCAAUCGACAUUUUAGUGUAUAUUUUCCUACAACCAUGGCCGCUAAUUCUGGAGUGAAAAUUUUCCGCGACUUCCUGCGCGAUAGCCCGUGUCGAAUGGCCUACAUGAUGACGCAGCAGAAAAACUUCACCCAACAGUACGCGAAGAACCAUCACCUGGGAAAAUCCGCUGCUCAAGAACGCCCCAAUGCAUCACGCCCGAAAACCGCUCCCAUCCCACCACCAUCAAACCUCGCCCAAGCCAUCACGAAUCACAAUCUGAUGCCGGAGUCCGUGGUGACACCGAAACGACCCCGCACCAGUGCCCGUUUGAUCAAACCAAAUUUGGAGCUGAUGUCCACCGAUGGUCUCCUCACGACAACUUCCCGAAGACCACCUCCUCAAAAACCUAUUCGACGACCGGAGGUCCCACGACCAUCGGAGCAAAUCCGUAAACGCCCGUCCGGUUCCAGUGUGGAAGACGUUCGCAAACGCCAACAGCAGCAACAGAAGCAAUCCAGCAGCUCAAAACAUCACGACCGGGAAGCACCGAAGCGACCGUGCAAAAUUUGUAUCGGGGAAGAUUGCUUCGUUCCCGAGCAGCAGCAGUGGCAGGAUCUGCUGAAUGUGACCCCUUCCUCGUCGUCGUCCAAGUCGAAUGGUUUCCGGCAUCUGAUCGGGGAGAUUGAACGCAUCCGCUCGGAACUGACUUCCCGGGACGGUAUGAAACACAUUGGACUGCAGCAAUCGUUGGAGCUGAUCAACGAAAUCAAACAGCGGUUCGAUUCGGUUCGGGCAGCGUCCGGUGGUGCGAGCUAUCUGAACCGAUUGGGACCGUUUCAGACGGCAGACAGGAGGAUCAAGCCAAGGAAAUCGGUACGAUCGUUGCGCUUCGAGGGAGGCCGAAUCGUCGAGAAGGAUUACACCAAAGUCCACCAUCGAGGCGGGGAAGAAGUUUUGAAGGCUAAGAAAAGCAAACUGAAGCAGGUGGAAAAGAAGUUCGAUGAAGGUCCGCUGCGGAUGCUGUUACCGUUUAUGAGAGGAUCGCUGAAGGCGGAGAAGGUCCGGUUUUGA